AUGACGAAUCCUCGGGAGCUCCUGUCCCAGCACUGGAGAUUCUACUUCAACUCUUCUCAUGACGACUGGGGAUCUGACGACAUGAUGACCCUUCGAUCUGCCGUCCAAAAGUACCUCAACGAUCAUCGAGAGUCGUCUGUUGAUCGAGAGGCUAACAACGGCUAUGCAAGAAAGACGACGCUCUUGCUUUUUCUCUCAAGACUUCUCAUUUUCAAGUACUGCAUGAGCGUCCCCGGUAGCAGCAAGUCAUUCACCAGCGCACGAUGGGCUCUCCUGCAGGUGUGCCCACAUGUUCUCUAUAAGGACAUGUUCAACGCACUGUUCCUCAAACUUCUCAACCUUCAGCACCAUGGAGAACUCCCUCUUUCGCUGCUGAUCCGCAAUGUGUACGAGGAUGCAAAGGAUCGCCUUGUUGAGCGCGGGUGCCUGCCAAAGAUCAAGGAUGACACCAGGCUCCUUUUGGUCCACGAUGAGGCGCAAGUCCUUGGCGAUGAGUUCAACGGCUCUUUCCAGUCGACGACUUCAACAAAUUCCCCACGCCCAUUGCUCUUUCCGAUUUUACACGCGUUUCGAGACAUUGGCCAACAUCAGCUUACAUUGAUUACCUGCGGCACCGGCUUGAGCAUUAAUACUCUUUUCUGGAUCCAGAGUUCGGGCUCCGGUCUAAAGGACAGCUCAACCAACUUUGAGGACGACCAGUCAAAGCUGGCUUUGGACGAGCACCUUCCGCAAGAGGCAGUCGAUAUGCUGUUCAACAAGUUUGCGGGUCGCUUUCGCCCAGCAAUAGCUGCAGAAAGGGUCAUCGAAAGCAACGACCCAGGCGCAUGGAAGAAGACCAUUGAAGCUGCGGAGGACAGGCUGGUAUCUUGGGCGCAUCGGAACAUCAAAGGCAAUUUGUGCUACGAGAUAUCUCGCCUCCACGACAAACACAACAAAUACAAGGAUCAGCUUGUGGAGGCUAUCGACAGCAUGCUGGGCCUCCUUAUGUAUCAGCGUUGCAUGUUUGGGAUUCACGACCUUGUCCUCAAGGAGGUAGACCCUCAGUUGGUGGAGCAUGCGUUUGGUCGGAUCAAGAUUAUUCGAGGUCGUGCUGUCACUGUCAUGGACGAGCCCUUCGUUUCCAAAGCAGCGGAGAAUUAUUUCGCCGCUAUCGAUCCCUACUUCGCAAGGGAAGUGCGGAAACGUAUGGGAUGUGUGCUUGAGCGGUUCAUGAUGAAGGUUUUCAGUGAGACAUUCAACACACGACCUCUAUCUGAGUGGCCGCAUCAGCCCCCCAUCUCUGAUAUGUGUCCAGCUCUCGUCGGCAAGGUGGAAAUUGUUGGCUGGAGGGAACCUGGACUCGAGCAAGGCACGACUCACGCGAUGAUGUCGAUGGAAGAGUUCAUGGACACUCAUGUCAACCAUGGGUCAACCCGCAACAACAUGCCUGUCGCGCCAUUUUUCUUCCCCAAGCCCAAGCCGUCGGGACCAGACUUGGUUUUCUUCAUUCGGAUCGACGGUGCUCGGUUGGUUCCUGUCUUCGUUCAGAUGAAGCUGCAUCAAGGGUCGUCUAACUUCUCGGAGAGGGAUUGGAAUGACGCACUCAGCACAGUCUCGGCAGCCAAGAUUGAGGGCCACGCAAAGAAUUUUCGCAAGUACUGUCCCGACAACGUCUACAUCAGUAUGAUCGUUGCAUACCCUACCAAAUGGACUGACAAGCUGCCAGCACAUUCAGAACUCCCAAAGGACCCCAGUGGUGUUCAGCAGGUCGUGAUCAACAUCAGCGAUGACAAUUUCGGCGACAUUUUCCCCCAGGAGCAUGUAGAGUUUAUUGAUCGACUCAAGAAUGCUCGAAAGCGCUCUACUGACGACGAUGACAGCAACGAUGAGGACUGCUCCAAAAAGAAGAGGAGCUAA